UUCAGUGAUGUACUGUUUUCUACAUAUGGCUAAAAUCAAACUUUUAAGAUCCUAUAAUCUCCUAACCGGGUUUUACAGACAGGGUCACAUUUAUCAGAAAGAGGAUCUACUUUCUUGACCACUUGUUUUCCAGCCUGGAUAUUGCAAACAGCUCCCUACAGAGGUGGCGCUGAUGCUAAAAUUAAUAGAAGCUCCUGAAUGCCCUUAUGUCAUAAAAAUGUAUGACUGAUACGAGGAAUGCACCUGGGUCAUGCUUGUCCUCGAGUACCAAAGGGACUGGAAGGACUUGUAUUCUUAUAUCGAUAAGAAGGGAAUGAAGGAAGACAAAGCUCGCCACCUUAUGCUUCAAUUAGUAAGAGCAGUUCAACACUGCUUGAAGCAUGAGGUGCUUCACAAUGAUAUCCAUUCUCAAAACAUCAUGGUGGAUGAAAGUGGUUUGCACCUGAAGUUAACAAACUUUACGAUGGGUCGUCUAGUCAAAAGCACUGGCUACACAUCCAAACCACGUGAAGGAGCUAAAUGUUGCAUUCCACCUGAGGCCUUAACGCGGUUACAAUACUUGGCCAUGCCAGCAACCGUCUGGGCCUUAGGUGUGGUGUUCUAUGAGAUGGUGCACGGAUUUCCACCCUUGCAACGAUUAGGCGUAGUUAGGAUUACGGGACGCAAUUUAACCAUGAGUAAGUAAAAGACAAGAAGAUUGCAUUUUGUACAUUUUACUCAUUUGAUAUUUUAGACAUUUUUAUUUAAAGCAACUUACAGUGUAUUCAAGGUUUAUAUUUUUCAUCAGUAUGUCUGCUCCUCUCCCACAACCUUUUGUGCUGUUAACACAAUUCACUACAAACUGAGGAGCCUGAGGAACACUAUCUGAUACAAGAACUAGAUAGACAGAUAGAAAGACUUACCAGCUCUUUUCUAAAACUUACAGAUGUCCGUGAUCUCAUUCGACGGUACCUGUACAUGAAUCCAGAUCAACGACUAACAAUCGAUCAGAUUUUAGCACACGACUGGUUUAAGUGCAUCAUAACACAUGUUCCGGCGACCCCA